AUGUCCUUCUCUAAUCUAAAAUCUAUGAUUAAAUCUCUAAGGCAACAGAAAACUCUGGCUGAUGAGAGGUCCCUCAUUCAGCGUGAAUCCGCAGCUAUACGUACCGCUUUCAGGGAAGAAGAUCACUUUAUGAGACACGCCAACGUCGCUAAACUUAUUUACAUUCAUAUGCUUGGUUAUCCCGCUCAUUUCGGUCAGAUUGAGUGCUUGAAACUAGCUGCUUCGUCGAAAUUCAUCGAUAAGAGACUUGGUUACUUGGGAAUUAUGUUACUUCUCGAUGAAUCUCAGGAGGUCUUGACUUUGGUCACAAACAGCUUGAAGAAUGACAUGAAUCAUUCCAAUAUGUUCGUCGUUGGUCUCGCUUUGGCUACUUUUGCAAACAUUUCUUCACAAGAAAUGGCUAGAGACUUAGCACAAGAGGUUGAGAAGCUUUUAUCCUCUACUAACUCCUACAUACGUAAAAAAGCUGCCCUUUGUGCGAUGCGUACUGUUAGGAAGCUCCCAGAGUUACACUACUACUACUUAAACCCAGCCAAAUCCCUCCUCACCGAUCGCAACCACGGCGUUCUCCUCUGUGCAGUCACUCUCAUCACGAACAUUGCUAUCGCUCAACCUUCCACUCAAUCUGACCUCAAGAAGGCUAUACCAUUGCUCAUCAGACAACUCAAGACUCUCAUCACCCAGGGUUACAGUCCCGAGCAUGAUGUCUCCGGAAUCACUGAUCCCUUUUUACAAAUCAAGAUUCUUCAGCUCCUUCGCUUACUCUGCAUCAACGAUGUCGCCUCGUCUGAGUUAGUGAACGAUAUUCUCGCCCAAGUUGCAACCAAUACCGAUAAUACCAAAAACGUGGGCAACUCCAUCCUCUACGAAGCUGUCCUCUGUAUUCUUGAUAUUGAAGCUGAAUCUGGUUUGAGAGUGAUGGCUAUCAAUAUUCUCGGUAAAUUCCUCGGCAACAAGGAUAAUAACAUUAGAUAUGUUGCUCUCAACACCCUCAACAAGGUUGUCAGGAUGGAUACUCAAGCUGUACAGCGACACAGGAAUAUCAUCAUUGAUUGUUUACGCGAUGGUGAUGUAUCUAUACGUAGACGUGCACUUGAGCUCUCUUAUGCGCUCAUCAAUCAAUCCAACGUCAGAAUGCUUACACGCGAAUUGCUUUCCUUCUUGGAGGUCUCAGAUAAUGAAUUUAAGAACGGACUUACCUCGCAGAUUUCUUUCGCUGCUGAGCGUUUCGCACCCAACAAGCGCUGGCACAUCGAUACCAUUCUCCGUAUGCUCAAAGUAGCUGGCAACUAUGUUCGUGAAGAAGUACUUUCUGCAUUUGUGAGACUAGUAUCACAUACGCCGGAACUGCAAGCAUAUACGGUCCAAAAGCUAUUUUCAGCACUACAAAAGGAUGUUUCUCAAGAAGCGCUUACUUUGGCUGGAUUGUGGACUAUUGGAGAGUACGGCGAUGUGCUUUUAUCCGCAGGCAGCUACGAAGAUGACGACCAAGUGAACCGAGUGACAGAGAAUGACAUCAUCCAAGUGAGUGAAAAGAAAUCAGUCCAUGUUACAGAAAACGACAUAGUUGAACUACUCGAAUCGAUCAACGCUUCACCAUAUGCCAACACGGUGAUACGUCAGUAUGUAUUAGUGUCUGCAGCCAAGCUGUCUAUCCGAUUUGGGAAGACAUUCAACGAGUCUCAAGAUAAAUUGCGCUGGCUAAUAACAUCGUAUGAAACAUCACCCGAGCUCGAACUGCAGCAACGUUCAAUAGAAUUCACACAGCUUCUCGAUAUGCCUGAUUUGGUCGAUGGGGUGUUGGAGCGGAUGCCACCACCUGAGAUUCGUGCAUCCAUUUUGGGUGGGACAGCGUCAGAAGCUAAGCCGGUCGGCAACACACGUUCUAUAACGGAUUCAUCGCUCGUGGAUGUACUAGGUGACGAGUCGCCGAGUGUCGGUAAUGGUAGUGGCAGUGCGGUUGCUGGUGGUGCUAGGGGUAAUGCGCAUGACCUGCUAGCUGAUAUAUUUGGUACGGGUGAGUCACUUGGUGAUGCGAGUGCAAGUUCGAGUGUGAGUGUUGGUGCAAAUACACUUGUGCACCCGCAAGAGAAGUCGGAAAAGUCAUCGGUGACCGACAUAAUGGGGCUUUUCGGACAAGCUGCUCCAGAUGGCGAUGAGAGCGAGAAGGCUAGCGAGGAGGUGAAGACGUACACAGCUUACGACGCAAAUGGACUGCUCAUCACUCUCACACCCUCACCGGACGAAAGUAAGCGGAACAUUGUGAACAUCAUGGCUACUUUUAGCGCGACAGGACUUGUCGAAUGCGAAAAAGUAAAUUUUCAGGCUGCUGUGCCCAAGUCUAUGAAGCUGCAGAUGCAGCCUAUAUCAAAUACGACAGUGGGAACAGAGAGGGAAGAGACGCAGCUGUUGCGUGUCAUGGCACAGCCCCUACAGCAUAUACGCCUGCGGCUUCGCAUCAGUUUUCAAGUUUCCGGAAGACAGGUGCAGAACCAGGUGGAUUUCUCGGAGCUUCCUAGUGAUAUAUUGAAGUAG